AUGGGCCUGAUGAAAGCUGGACUUUUCUUACUGGUGUCUUACAUCGCUUCUGGCUUGUCUUUUAAAUUCAGAUCGCGCUCUGGCCGCGACUCUUCUCCGAAAGGGGAGCGACUGCAGCAUUUGAGAGGAAUUCAUUCCGGUCUGCAGCCCAUCCUCGCACCAAGCCGUCCGUCCUGGAAGUAUGAUGAGCCCUCACUGCCGGAACCGAGGGUAGUUCCCGAGUCCCUGAUCGUGUCGUCCACCGAUAUCCACAAAUAUAUUUUUGAGCCGGAGAAGGGUGUUCGGUUGCUCCCUCAGACGGCGAAAAACAUCUUGCUCGCUGUGCCAACGCCUGAAACGCCCCAGGAUAAGGGUCUGACCCCGAGUAAGCCCGUUGAAGUCCAGUGUCUCAGCAGUCAGCUGGUUGUGCGAGUCAGUAAGAGUCUCUUUAAGGGUUCAGCUAGCCCUCACUUGAAGUUGGGCCUGUGUGACCCGAGCUCAGAGGAAGACGAUCACUACCUCUUUCGCUACAGCUACCAGCCUUCCUGUGGCUUUAUAAAAGAGUCCACGCCAGAUUACAUGUCCUUCUCCACCAUGCUCGUGUACAACCCACCUGGCCCCGUUUUACGGGAGGUGAGCUUCAACAUUCCCAUUAAGUGCGUCUUGCCAAGGUUCUUUCACUCCUACAAAGUUGGCUACUAUCCAUUGUUGACGGGAGGUACCUUUGGCAUACCGCUCACACCAAGGACGCCGUUCACAAUCGUUGCUCAAGAUGAAUCAGGCAAUACCAUUGCUGGAGGCACCAGCUACACUCUCGGAGAACAGAUGUUCUUCGAGGCCAGGCGUCCCGCAGUCACCACAGUAGACCCAACGCAGAGACUCUACAUCGACAAAUGCGUCAUGACUGCUGGCCCCAGUUACAUCUCGGAGCCAAACCACAUGGUCAUCAACAACCACGGCUGUAUGGUGGACAGUAAGGACACACCCUUGUCAAAGUUCAUCACUGGCAACUCACAAAUGGUCCAGAAGUUCAGUGUUGCUGCUCUGGUCUUCAAUGAUGCCGCUCUCACGUCGUGGUCACAGCAACUCUUCAUGCACUGUGAAAUCUCAAUAGCACCGAUCGCAGCUACUGAGAGUUUUAAAGCCUGCACUUAUGACCAAGCCACACAAACUUGGCAGGAGCUGUACGGCUAUCACCACACCUGUGCUUGCUGCGACACCACCUGUCCUCCAGGAUUUAUGAAAGCAUCUCGCAAUGUGGUCUCUAGCAAGUCUUGGAAGGUGAAUUUUAAGGAUGAGGACGGAGAAACGGGACCACAACUGACUUCCCUGGAUGGCCAGAAGAAUGAGGAAAUGGCUGAUCAAAAAGGCUUCAUUAACUACUGGGACGACUAG